UUGAAUACUUAUUAGCCCGAUAAUAGCCCUCGACACUCGAGAUAUUCCCGAAUCGGUCCUAAACACCAUCCCCCACUAAAGGACAAAAAUGGGCCACAAUAAAGCCAGCCUUCACCCCCCAUCAAGCUUAAGCUGAGACGACGCGGAGCGCCAUGUCCAACCCGGCGUCGCUUCCACCCGGAUUCCGCUUCCACCCCACCGACGAGGAACUCAUCGUUCACUACCUCAUCAACCGAGUCUCCUCCUCCCCCUGCCCCGUUCCCGUCGUCGCCGAGGUCGACAUCUACAAGCAUGACCCAUGGGACCUCCCCGCCAAAGCGACGUACGGCGAUCGAGAGUGGUACUUCUUCAGCCCGAGGGAUCGCAAGUACCCGAACGGGCGCCGACCCAACCGCGCGGCCGCGUCGGGGUACUGGAAGGCGACGGGCACCGACAAGGCGAUCCACACCAGCAGCGGGAAGAACCAGAGCAUCGGGGUUAAGAAGGCUUUGGUGUUCUACAAGGGGCGGCCUCCCAGGGGACUGAAGACCAACUGGAUCAUGCACGAGUACCGCCUGGCUGAAGCAGCUCGCAGCAGUUGCUCCAGGCCACUGAAGUCGAGCCACUCCUCCAUGCGGUUGGAUGACUGGGUGCUGUGCCGAAUCUACAAGAAGAACAGCCAUCUGCAGCCCGUGCCACCGCUGGAGAACUUCGAGCGACAACGCUCGCUCAGGCUGCAGGAAUCUUCGUCUGUGUCUGAUACCCUCGAAGACGACUCCACACUCUCGCGCCUGUUCGACACGAUGACCCGACCGGAGAACACCUCUUUCAUGGCUCAACCAAGAUUAACUCGGUUCUCGACUGGUAGCAGCAGCAGAAUCAAUGGCGACACCAACACAGCUCAUCGACAACAAACCCAAACGGAGCCAUUCGUCCCGGCGACUGAGAACUCCAUGAAGCGCUUGAUGGAAUGUUAUUUAGACAGCGGCAGACACUUCUCCGGACAGUUCGAUGGCAGCUUACUCGAGCAACACUUCUUCAAUCAGCAACUGCUGCUGAACUCUCACUUGGGAUUGCGUUGAGUGAGCUUCAUAGCUUCAUUAGAGCAGAGAAAAGGUGCCUUCAAACCAGUGAAACAGUAGAAUCCUUUGAGAGGGAGAGAUGAGGGAGGGAGGAUACCGCAGAAUAAACCAGUAAACCAUUCACGUUCCUGUAAGCAAUAAACCAAUCUGAAACAGCUUCUCAUUAUGAUUA